AAUUUGCUUAUCUGUCAUUGUCAAAACAAAACAAUAAAAUGGCACCCGUCAUUAAUUAAUGUGAUUUUAAUUAAUAAUUUGUGUUAAUUAGUGAAAAUUACGGUUUAAUGUUGAAGUCGGAACCUAACACAAUGUCGGGUAAGACUGUGAUCAAAGGUAACCCCUCACAGUAUGUAAAGUUGAACGUGGGGGGCUGUCUUCAUUACACCACUAUUGGAACUUUGACUAAGCACGAUACUAUGUUACGGGCGAUGUUUAGUGGUAGGAUGGAAGUAUUAUCAGAUUCAGACGCAGGUUGGAUCUUGAUUGACCGUUGCGGGAAGCACUUUGGGGCUAUUUUAAACUUUCUUCGGGACGGUAGCGUGUCUCUUCCUGAAAGUAGCAAAGAAAUCGCCGAAUUGUACGCAGAGGCUAAGUAUUAUUGCAUUCAAGAGUUAGCAGAGUCUUGUACUCAAGCCUUGGCAAAGAAGGAAAGAAACGAACAUGACCCCCUUUGUAAAGUCCCGCUCAUUACUUCACAAAAGGAGGAAGAACUGCUGAUAAGCUCAACAACAAAGCCGGCUAUCAAAUUACUGAUAAACCGUCACAAUAAUAAGUAUUCUUACACCACAACUUCUGAUGAUAAUUUAUUGAAAAAUAUAGAAUUAUUUGAUAAAUUGUCACUAUGGUAUAGCAAGCGCGUUUUGUUUCUGAAAGACGUGAUAAGCACGAGCGAGAUUUGUUGUUGGGUCUUUUACGGCCAUGGCAAAAAAGUCUCAGAAGUGUGCUGUACUUCAAUUGUUUACGCGACUGAUAAGAAACACACAAAAGUUGAAUGUCCCGAAGCUAGAAUUUACGAAGAAACGCUUAAUAUUUUACUUUAUGAGAACAGGAAUGCUCCUGAUCAAGAAUUGAUGCAAGUUACGUCGACUCGGGGGGCGGUUUCUGGCAUGUCUUCCUACACUAGUGACGAAGAAGAGGAACGCUCAGGAUUGGACCGACUCAGGUCGAAUAAGUCGAAUAAUCAAGCCUAACUAUUGUCUUAUUUGUUUAAAUUGGUCGGGUUUGGGCCACACCUGUGUUAGUUUUUGUACGUUGGUAGGACUGUACCAAUCUGAUCUCGCGAUUCCAAAGCAGUGAUUGUUUUUUUUUCGUAAUGCAAACCCAUAAUUGUGGCCUAAAUAUGGUGACUAAUUUAACUCAGGUUCAUAUCUUGAACAGUAUUUGUGUACAACAGCGUACUUUAGCAAUUGUUGAACCUCUAGAGCAUGUAAUUGAAGAGUUGUGAUAUUUUAGAACAGAUUAGGAGGCGAUUCAGUGUUUUAAAAUAAAGAAAUGUGCUAGGUUAUUUAUUGUACUUUAUUAAAUUACAAAAGAAGAAACUAAUUGAGUAACAGUUUUUGUUGUAUUGUUUCUCACAGAUCUUUGAUAAACUAUGUACUCUAAUAAAAAAUAAAGUGUUGUUUAUUUGA